CGGCCCGCCCCGGUGCUCGGUGUCCCUCCGCCGCCGUUCCCGUUUCCGGCGGGGGAGAUGGCCAGGAUCUGACCCGCGAGGAGGCCGCACCCGCGCCGCGCUCUGCGGCGGGCCCUAGGCGAUGCCGAGCAGCUCGGACACGGCGCUGGGGGGAGGCGGGGGCUUGAGCUGGGCGGAGAAGAAGUUGGAGGAACGCCGCAAGCGGAGGCGAUUCCUGUCCCCUCAGCAGCCGCCGCUGCUGUUGCCGCUCCUGCAGCCGCAGCUCCUGCAACCGCCGCCGCCCCCGCCGCCUCUGCUCUUCCUGGCUGCUCCCGGCACGGCCGCCGCCGCAGCCGCCGCCGCCGCGGCCUCCUCCUCUUGCUUCAGCCCGGGCCCCCCUCUGGAGGUCAAGCGGCUGGCGAGAGGCAAGAGGCGCGCAGGAGGGCGGCAGAAGCGGCGCCGCGGGCCCCGCGCCGGGCAGGAGGCGGAGAAGCGUCGGGUCUUCUCGCUGCCCCAGCCGCAGCAGGACGGCGGUGGCGGUGCGAGUAGCGGCGGGGGUGUGACCCCGCUGGUGGAGUACGAGGAUGUGAGCUCCCAGUCCGAGCAGGGGCUGCUGCUGGGGGGGGCCAGCGCGGCAACGGCGGCGACGGCUGCCGGGGGAACCGGGGGCAGCGGCGGCAGUCCGGCCUCCUCCUCCGGCACCCAGAGGCGCGGGGAGGGGUCGGAGCGCAGGCCCCGCCGGGACCGCCGCAGCAGCAGCGGCCGCAGCAAGGAGCGCCACCGCGAGCACCGGCGGCGGGACGGGCAGCGGGGCGGCGGCGAGGCCUCCAAGUCCCGCAGCCGCCACGGCCACGGCGGCGAGGAGCGGGCCGAGGCCGGCAAGAGCGGCAGCAGCAGCAGCAGCGGCGGCCGCCGGAAAAGCGCCUCGGCCACGUCCAGCAGCAGCAGCAGCCGCAAGGACCGAGACCUGAAGGCCCAUCGCAGCCGGACUAAGUCGUCCAAGGAGCCGCCCUCGGCCUACAAGGAGCCGCCCAAGGCCUACCGCGAGGACAAGACCGAGCCCAAGGCCUACCGGCGGCGGCAGCGGUCCCUGAGCCCGCUGGGAGGCCGGGACGACAGCCCGGUGUCCCACAGGGCCUCGCAGAGCCUGCGGAGCCGCAAGUCCCCCAGCCCGGCCGGAGGGGGCAGCAGCCCCUACUCUCGGCGGCUGCCCCGCUCCCCGAGCCCCUACAGCCGCCGCCGCUCCCCCAGCUACAGCCGCCACAGCUCCUACGAGCGGGGCGGCGACGUGUCCCCCAGCCCCUACAGCAGCAGCAGCUGGCGCCGCUCCCGGAGCCCCUACAGCCCCGUGAUCAGACGGUCUGCCAAAUCCCGAAGCAGAAGCCCAUAUUCAUCUAGGCAUUCAAGAUCUCGUAGCAGGCACAGAUUAUCCAGAUCCAGAAGUCGUCAUUCUAGCAUUUCUCCUAGCACACUAACUCUGAAGAGUAGCCUGGCAGCUGAAUUGAACAAGAAUAAAAAAGCACGAGCUGCAGAAGCGGCAAGAGCUGCAGAAGCAGCAAAAGCUGCAGAAGCAGCUAAGGCUGCAGAGGCUGCUGCCAAGGCUGCCAAAGCUUCAAACACUUCUACACCUACCAAGGGGAACACAGAGACUGGUGCCAGUGCAUCACAAACAAACCAUGUAAAGGAUGCGAAGAAACUUAAAAUUGAGCACGCACCUUCUCCCUCAAGCAGUGGAACUUUGAAAAAUGACAAGGCGAAAACAAAGCCACCUCUUCAGGUAACAAAGGUGGAUAAUAAUUUGAUUGUAGAUAAAGCCACCAAGAAAGCAGUUGUCGUUGGGAAGGAGAGUAAAUCUGCUGCUACGAAGGAAGAGCCAGUGUCUCUUAAAGAGAAAACGAAACCACUUACACCAAGCGUAGGAGCCAAGGAGAAGGAGCAGCAUGUGGCUUUAGUGACCUCUACUUUGCCGCCCUUGCCUUUGCCGCCCAUGCUGCCUGAAGAUAAAGAUGCUGAUAGCUUACGGGGAAAUAUUUCAGUAAAAGCAGUUAAAAAAGAAGUGGAAAAGAAACUACGAUGUCUGCUUGCUGAUUUACCACUGCCCCCCGAGCUGCCAGGAGGGGAUGAUCUCUCAGCGAGUCCAGAGGAAAAGAAAACAGCCACGCAGUUACAUAGUAAAAGGAGGCCUAAAAUAUGUGGGCCUCGCUAUGGUGAAAUCAAAGAAAAAGAUAUUGACUGGGGAAAACGCUGCGUGGAUAAAUUUGAUAUCAUCGGAAUUAUUGGAGAAGGUACCUAUGGACAAGUUUACAAGGCCAGGGAUAAAGACACUGGAGAAAUGGUAGCCUUAAAAAAAGUACGUCUAGAUAACGAAAAAGAAGGAUUUCCCAUUACAGCAAUCCGAGAAAUUAAAAUUCUUCGGCAGCUUACCCACCAGAGUAUUAUCAAUAUGAAGGAAAUAGUGACUGAUAAAGAAGAUGCUUUGGAUUUUAAGAAAGAUAAAGGUGCAUUUUAUCUAGUGUUUGAAUAUAUGGACCAUGAUUUGAUGGGACUACUGGAAUCAGGCUUGGUUCAUUUUAAUGAAAAUCACAUAAAGUCAUUUAUGAGACAGCUCAUGGAAGGCCUGGAUUAUUGUCAUAAGAAGAAUUUUUUGCACAGAGAUAUUAAAUGUUCAAAUAUUCUUCUAAAUAAUAGAGGGCAGAUAAAACUUGCAGAUUUUGGACUUGCUCGAUUGUAUAGCUCAGAAGAAAGUCGGCCGUAUACGAACAAGGUUAUCACCUUGUGGUACCGUCCACCCGAACUGCUGCUGGGAGAAGAAAGAUACACACCAGCUAUCGACGUGUGGAGCUGCGGAUGUAUCCUUGGUGAACUCUUCACGAAGAAACCUAUAUUUCAAGCAAAUCAGGAACUUGCACAACUAGAGUUAAUAAGCCGUAUAUGUGGGAGUCCAUGUCCUGCAGUGUGGCCAGAUGUCAUCAAACUACCGUAUUUCAACACUAUGAAACCAAAGAAGCAGUAUCGUCGAAAGUUAAGAGAAGAAUUUGUUUUUAUUCCUGCAGCCGCACUAGACUUAUUUGAUUACAUGCUCGCCUUGGACCCCAGUAAGCGCUGUACUGCAGAGCAGGCUCUUCAGUGUGAGUUCCUACGGGAUGUGGAACCCUCAAAAAUGCCUCCACCCGACCUUCCUUUAUGGCAAGAUUGUCAUGAGUUAUGGAGUAAAAAGAGAAGAAGGCAGAAGCAGAUGGGCAUGGCUGAUGAUGUUUCCACAGUUAAAGCCCCCAGAAAGGACUUGUCUUUGGGCAUGGAUGACAGCAGAACCAACACACCUCAGGGUGUGCUGCCGUCUUCACAGCUGAAAUCUCAGGGCAACUCGAAUGUAGCACCUGGUGAAAAACAGACAGACCCAUCAACACCACAGCAGGAGUCUUCGAAACCAUUGGGAGGAAUUCAGCCUUCUUCUCAGAAUGUCCAGCCCAAAGUGGAGGCUGAUGCUGCCCAGGCGGCUGUGCAGAGCGCAUUUGCGGUUCUGUUGACUCAGUUGAUAAAGGCUCAGCAGUCAAAGCAGAAAGAUGUGCUUCUAGAGGAGGGGGAAAACGGAUCGGGACACGAAGCGGCAUCACACCUCCGGCCCCCUCCAGAGCCUAGCACUCCGGUGUCGGGGCAAGAUGACCUCAUGCCGCACCAAGACCGGAGGAUCCUGGAGCCCGCCCCCGAGCCAGACCGGCCCCGCAUUCUGCCCCCUGAUCAGCGCCCGCCGGAGCCCCCGGCCCCCCCGGCCACCGAAGAGGAUCUGGAUUAUCGGACAGAAAACCAGCACGUACCCACCACUAGUUCUUCGUUGACUGACCCGCAUGCUGGCGUGAAAGCAGCUCUGUUGCAGCUCCUCGCUCAGCACCAGCCCCAGGAGGACCCCAAAAGGGAGGGUGGCAUUGAGUACCAGGCGGGAGACACUUACGCGGCCCCUUCGGACUACAAGGACAGUUUCGGGGCGUCGUCUUUCUCCUCUGCCUCUUACGCCGGCAGCAGCGACGGGCUGGGGGGCGGCUCCGGCCCCCCCUUGGAACGGCGCAGCUUCCUGGGCAGCUCGGACGUGCAGCCCGUGGACACCUACGGUACCGCGUCAUCUCACUCCGGCGGCCCGCCUCCGCCGCCCGCCUUUUCUGAGUCCUUCCCCAGCUCGGUGGCUGGGUACGGAGACAUGUACCUCAGUGCAGGCCCCAUGCUCUUCAGCGGAGACAAGGACCAUCGAUUCGAGUACAGCCACGGGCCCAUCGCCGUCCUGGCCAACAGCAGCGACCCUGGCGCGGGGCCCGAGAGCGCGCACCCUCUGCCCGCAAAGAUGCACAACUACAGCUACGGGGGCAACUUACAGGAGAACCCGGGCGGCCCCGGGCUCCUGCACGGACAGACCUGGACUUCCCCUGCGCAGGGACCUGGGUACGCACAGGGGUACCGGGGACACAUCAGCACAUCGGCUGGCAGAGGUCGAGGCAGAGGGUUACCAUACUGAGCAUCUGUUUUUCCUCAGGCACAUCAUUUUUAUCUGGAAAGACUUUUCUAGCUGCAAUUUCAGGCAGCAAAUCCAAGAGACUUGAAUAAUAUUAAUUCAACAACAGCUUUAUUUUUAUGUGGAAAAGGGUCUUGCAUACAAUAGUUUAAAAAAAAAGACAAAAAAACCCCCACCUUUGCUUAAAUUCAUGCUGUUCUAAAAACUAGAUCUAUUGAUUGUACAUCUUCACAAGUUCUAGUUAACAAUUUUAUUUUGUAUUCUUGCAGUUUUAAGUGGAUGCCGAUCUUAGGGACAUAAAAGUCUUAUGGCCCCUCUCGCAGAUCUUCUGAACUAUGCACAUUUGUGCUUUUUUUGUAAGUUUGGACCAACUUUUAUGUAACAAACAACCCCUACCCCCCUCCAGUUUUACAACAAUCAGAAAGGGCACUGAUUUAUUUGGUAUUUUUCUUUUUACGAAGCUACCUUUAGUCCAAGGUCACUGUCAGUCUUUGCACCUGCUUUCAGUGUUAUUGUGAAAGGUGUACUUUGUGCUCAUUUCAGAAAAUAAAACACAACCUUUCUCUUGAUGCAACAGUUUUAUAUAAAACAAAUGGUCAACGUUAUUUUUGUUUUAUUUUGCAGAUUAUCAGAGCAAAAUGCAUUCAAAUGAAAUAGUGGGUUUUCUAUGAAAAAUAUGGGCGGGUUGGGGAGGGUAAGUAAGUGCCUUCUUAACAGGUAAAAAAAGCUUAAGGUCUGGAAAAACAGUUCACCGCUACACCCAUUUGUCCCUGAAGGGAACCAGUGCACUGUGGUGAGAGGCAGGGAGCUCGCCCGUGUUCAGGGGCUGCCCGGUCGCUUCCUGGCAGAUCCAUUCCCUCCGCCUGCCAGGCUGCCCUCCUGCCCGUCUCUGGGCUGUUCCCGGAAGGGACCCACUGCUGCCCUCGCUGGAUCGGGCAGUGAGAGCUGAGAAAGGGAGUCCAGCUCCCGCCAGCACACGCUGCUCUUCAAGCGGUUGAAGGGAACAGCCAGGAGGGUUUUAGAGCGCGGUGUUCCGUCAGGCCGCCCCGCUGGCCCUGUGGCCUUUGCUGCGAUGGGUAAUUGGGGGACAGAAGCAAGGCCUGAGGACCGAACGUGCAAGAGCUUCUGUUAGGGUUCCCGGGGGAGGGGUGGCAAACACCCCGGUUUAAGUUCCGCAAUUGCCACGUCAAGACACAGUUACUCUGUUCGCUUGACUCGUUAACCACAGACAGGGCCUCGAUCGAGGUUGCUGAAGCAAAAAGACAAAGUAGUGCAAGAGAACCUCUUCCCUCCUCUCACCUUCUCUGAGGUUUAUUAGGGCUUCUUCUGCCACACCUCGAGUAACUUUGUUUUAGUUCAUUUUUGACGUCUUUUUCCCAUGAAAAGCAGCAAAGAAUGGUGGACUAACCCUUACUGAAACCAUAAAGGUGUCGGGUCUGACCGACCUUCUGUGCACCUCAGACAGAUUCCGUUGUGAUGACCCUAGACAGACAGGAGCCAAAGGUAAAGAGCCAGUGUUUCCAUGAGCACCAAAUGGCAAAACAGACUCCGGAGAGGAGAGCUGUGCCAAUGAACCGUUUCGUUUUAACUGUUCUCCUGGUAACCUUUUUUUUUUUGAUAUCUCAAAUUGGAACAACUGUUAUCAAAUGGAAAUCGCUCCAGUUCUAAAGUCAGUCUUUUGAUCCUCUGCCCUCUGACUUGCGAACCUUCAUUUCAAAACAGUAUAUGGAAGCAUUAUAGUUUGGUGACGGUAAAAAUAUUUUUAAAGUGAAUAAUUUACCAUUUUACUGCUAUAAAAUGAGUUGAUGUCAGUUGACCAUUUUAUCUUUUGAUGGAAUCUUUUGUUGUUGGGGAGAAAAAAAUGAAUGGAAGAAAAAUUACUUUGCUUUUAUUUGAAUAUUGAAUACUAACAACUUAUAAUAAAACUGCAUUGCAGGAAGUGAAGAAAUAUUUUAAAAUUUAGCAAAAUAGCUACAGUAUUCAAGUAUCUGAAGUUUUAAUAUGGUGAGUCUUAGAGCUUUAGACUUUCCUGUAAGCGACAGUAUCUAAGUUAUUCUUAAUAGUCACACUUGAUAACUCUGCUGACCAUAGCAGCUAACCUACAAUCGAAGAUAUUUAUGUGACAUGAAUAGCCUGUGUUUUAAAAAUUAAAUAUUUUAUAUAAAAUUGAA